GAAGCGAAAGAAAAUAUGUCAGACAAAUUUAAAGCUUGACCAGUUAGUGUCUGCAGAAAAGGUGAACAAUUGCAAGCAAAAAGUGUUUGGUGCUUCAUUAGCUCAGUGUCGUAUCGCAUUAAUUAACUAUGCAAAGUGAUUCGUUCGCGUAGUUUUUCGUACCAUAGUAUAUUUUUGGCUACUACUGCCUAGUUCUGUUCAAAAUAGAACGAAGAUUGAGUUCAGUGACCGUCCACCAGAAUCAGGAAGUGACGAGAGCAGUUUCGUCUUAUGCUUUGUUUUUGCCGUAGCUCGGUUCUCGGGCAGACAGACGGACACACCUGCCACUAGCUGCUGCUAUUACUGUUGCUUUCCCUAAAGGCAGGCGCGAGUGGCAUUUGCAUGUUAGGAAUUUGCACGUUUUACUUUGGAAGCUUCGCUACGUGGAUCCAGAUGGAAAUCGUGUUUUUCGGUACUGCAGUAUCGGUGGAACACUUGUGUUGAGCAUAUCGCGACGUACGACGGGAACCUCGAAUGGGAAAAUGUUCGAUGAAGCUGCUACGGUGAUGCUGCCAGCUGGACACAAACCGAUUCGAAACAGGAACCGAAGGUAGAGUACGACAUUAGACGGAAACUGGAAUAACAAAAAUGAACGACGACGACGAUCCCGUCGACAAGCGAAUCUUGUUGGAACGUGCCAAUGACGAACGGGAAGCGAUUUUCAAACGAUAUGAUCGGGGCAGAAAGAACGUUGACAUCGAUGCCUGGGAUGAUCCGGCAUUCGAGAUCUACACCCAAGCCGAUCGGUACGGGUUUUUGCACCCGGAGAAAGAACAACAGAAACGGGACGACCUGGAAUUGGCCCGACGGAAGCUGAUCGAAAUGGAGCGCUCGAAAAAGUGGCUUAAAAUGAUGAAGAAUUGGAGCAGUGCUGAGACGAAGGAACGGUUGCAGCGAAGAGUGUUGAAAGGUAUUCCGGACCGGUUGCGGGCUGCCAUCUGGAAGAAGUUGCUGAACAUUGAGCAAGCCGUAAGCGACAAUCCGGGAGUCUAUGAAAAAAUGUUGAAAUUCGCCCGUCAGUACAGUCCCGACAUUCGGCAGAUUGACGUGGACGUGAACCGACAGUUUCGGAACCACAUAAACUACCGCGAACGGUACAGUGUUAAGCAGCAGAGUUUGCUCAAGGUUCUUGCCGCCUACAGCAUGUACAAUAUGGAAGUGGGCUACUGUCAGGGUAUGUCGACGGUGGCCGGUGUUUUACUGAUGUACUUCGAUGAGGAGGACACAUUUUGGGCCCUGAAUGCGUUGCUGUCCUCGGAGCGAUAUGCCAUGCAUGGCCUGUAUGUCGAAGGUUUUCCGAAGCUGAUGCGGUUUCUGCAGCACCACGACAAAAUUCUCACCAAAUGUAUGCCAAAAGUGAAGAAGCAUUUAGACAAACACGGGGUGGACUCCGUGCUGUACUCGCUGAAGUGGUUUUUUGUGAUUUUUAUCGAGAGGAUACCUUUCAGCCUUUGUCUUCGUGUGUGGGACAUCUAUAUGCUGUUCGGUGAGCGUGUCCUGACGGCAAUGGCCUACACUAUACUGAAAAUUCACCGAACGAAACUAUUGCGAAUGAAGGACAUGGAUCAAAUAACCGAAUUCCUACAAAUAACACUGUACAAAAACUUUGGAUAUGAUGACGACACUGUGAUAAAAACCCUUCAGCUGGCAAUGUACGAGCUGAAGAAGCUAAAUCUGGAUAAACUGCCGACACCACCGCCCAGCGAAUUUCCUAAAUAUCCCUUCGGGCAGUUUAUCGAGCCUAGCUUCGAUACGAAGAUUGGCCAUCGAAACGAAAAAUUCACCGAGAAGGAAACGGAACUGCAGCAAACUGUACUGUACAGAAGCGAAUCGAAGAAUGAAGAAGACGAUCAGCAGGGAGACGAUGAUCAAACGGAACGUGACUGCGAUGAUAUUACUGAUGAUACAAUCAGCAACCUGCAAACAGAUUACGACGAUGGAAGUAUAACGAAACACUCGCUAACCGGAACAUCGGUCACAUCAACCAACGAUGUCAGCAUAACAUCGUACGAGCGUACCUGUGAUAUCUUCCGGAUGCCACACAAUGGCAGUAACGCAGUUCCGGGCGUUGGAUUGGACGAUAGUAUAAGUGUAAUAUCGACGCAGCUAACGUUGGACCGGAUAGAUUCUCCUCCGUUACAGGCAAAGGAACGAUCCAGCGACGAGAUUAUAGUCAUUGCGGUGUCGAACGGUCAUGUCAACGGAACAACGGUUUUGGAUGACGAAGAUGAAGAUGACGAAGUUACCGAGAAACAGAUUUCCGUCUGAAUUUGCCUUGUGAUACGUGAAAUCGUUCUGACAAGACCGAAGGUGACAAUCAGCCGUCCAGCCGAUGAUGUACCGAAUUAACUGCCAACAUAAGAGCCUCAUUUUGAGCGAGUAACUAGCGGAUCCUAUAGACACUGAUUGUCAGUGUUAUCAUCAAUCAAUAGCAAUAAAACUACACAUUCUUAAAAGAUAGAAAGAAAGAAAGAAAAACUGCGUCGAAGAUUUUUUUAAAUCUAAUAUAUCGGUGUUGCUCAUGUAACUAUUACUUUUUUCUUGUAGAACGUAACUAUGGAGGAUUUUCUGUAACAGAAAUGAAAAGUAAUGAAGAUAAAGUGUAAGUGUUUUGUUUUGGUUAGAACUGUAUUGUGGUUUGUACUUUGCUAUACUAAAGUGAGAUAAUAUAUUCGUUUAUUGAACUAAGACUUA